GAGGAACCCAGGCCGAGCAGAUGAGGGGCGCAGCUCCCUGACGCAUUCCUGGGGUCACACAUGGAGAACAGAGGCUUCGGUGGGAAGAGGCAGAGCGGCUCUUUCAAACGCACCUCCAUCAAGCGCACCACUUCUGGCUCACAGAAGGCACAGAAGGCCUGGAUAGAGAAGACCUUCCAGAAGAGAGAAUGCAUUCACAUAUACCCCUGCAAAGAGCCAAACAGAUGCAGUUGUGGUCAGCUGGUGAACCAACAUGUGGCCAUCCUUCCUGGCUUCACUACAAACAAGAGCUCGGAGGAGAGCAAUCAGAUUGUGCAGACAGACGCCCCACCAGAGAAAUGGUCUGUCGUAAAGCACACACAGGCUUCCCCCACUGAUGCCUAUGGCAUUGUCGAAUUCCAGGGGGGUGGACAUGUUAACAAGGCCAUGUAUAUAAGGGUGUCCUAUGACUCAAAGCCGGAUAACCUACUACAUCUCAUGGUGAAGGACUGGCAGCUGGAGCUGCCCACACUGCUCAUAUCUGUCCAUGGGGGCCUUCAGAACUUUGACCUGCAGCCCAAACUCAAGCAGGUGUUUGGAAAGGGCCUGAUCAAGGCUGCCGUCACUACGGGGGCCUGGAUAUUCACUGGCGGAGUCAGCACUGGGGUGAUCCGUCAUGUUGGAGAUGCCUUGAAGGAACACUCUUCUAAGUCCAGGGGGAAGGUCUGUGCCAUAGGAAUUGCACCAUGGGGGAUUGUGGAGAACAAGGAAGAUCUCAUUGGAAGGGAUGUGACCAGACCCUACCAAACAAUGUCAAACCCUCUUAGCAAGCUCUCAGUGCUGAACAGCAGUCACUCACAUUUCAUCCUGGCUGACAACGGUACCUGUGGGAAGUACGGUGCUGAGGUUAAACUUCGACGUCAGCUGGAAAAGCACAUCUCCUUGCAAAAAAUCAACACCCGUCUGGGUCAGGGCGUGCCGCUGGUGUGUCUGAUAGUGGAGGGGGGCCCCAACGUGAUCUCCAUUGCGCUGGAGAGCCUUCGGGAGGACCCGCCCGUCCCCGUGGUGGUGGUGGACGGGAGCGGCCGAGCCUCCGACAUCGUCUCCUUUGCCCACAAACACUCGGAGGAUGGCGGCAUCGUGAGUGAGAAUGCUAGAGACCAACUGCUGGUUACCAUUCAGAAAACAUUCAACUACAACCGCAAUCAGGCCCAGCAAAUGUUCCUGAUGGUCAUGGAAUGUAUGAAGAAGAGAGAACUCAUAACUGUGUUUCGGAUGGGCUCUGAAGGUCAGCAGGACAUAGAGAUGGCCAUUUUGACUGCUUUACUGAAAGGCACAAAUGCCUCAGCGCCGGACCAACUGAGCCUGGCUUUGGCCUGGAACAGAGUGGACAUUGCCCGCAGUCAGAUCUUUGUCUAUGGACACCACUGGCCUCCUGCAAGUGCCCUAUCCACCGCCACCACUCCAAUCCAGGAGCGGCACAAGAGCCCCACCACAGGGCCCCGCACCGGCAAGGGCAAGGUCCGAGGCAAGAAGGGGAAAGGGGGUAAAGCUAAACCAGAACCACCAGAGGAGACUGACCCCAGGAAGCUAGAACUACUCAACUGGGUAAACUGCCUGGAACGAGCCAUGAUGGAUGCACUGGUGCUGGACAGGGUGGACUUUGUCAAGUUGCUUAUUGAAAAUGGAGUGAACAUCCACCACUUUCUCACCAUCCCCCGCCUUGAGGAGCUGUACAACACGAGGCUGGGGCCAAUCAAUACAUUACAUUUUGUAGUCAGGGAUGUUAAAAAGGGAAACCUACCCCCAGAUUACCAAAUCACCUUGAUUGACAUUGGGCUGGUGCUGGAGUUCUUAAUGGGUGGAGCCUAUCGCUGCAACUACACUAGAAAGAGCUUUCGUACUCUCUACAACAAUCUGUACGGACUUAAAAGGCCAAAAGCUCUUAAACUCUUGGGAAUGGAGGAUGACGACCCCCGUCCGAAGGGCAAGAAGAAAGCGAAGAAGAAGGAGGAGGAGAUCGACAUCGACGUGGACGACCCCGAGGUCAGCCGGUUCCAGUACCCGUUCCACGAGCUGAUGGUGUGGGCAGUGCUGAUGAAGCGCCAGAAGAUGGCGCUCUUCCUGUGGCAGAGGGGGGAGGAGGCCAUGGCCAAGGCCCUGGUGGCCUGCAAACUGUACAAGGCCAUGGCUCACGAGUCCUCCCAGAGCGAGCUGGUGGAAGACAUCUCCCAGGACCUGGACAAUAACUCCAAAGAAUUUGGACAGCUGGCAUACGAGCUGUUGGACCAGUCAUACAAGCGUGAUGAGCAGGUGGCCAUGAAGCUGCUGACCUACGAGCUGAAGAACUGGAGCAAAUCUACCUGUCUGAAGCUGGCUGUGGCAGCCAAGCACCGUGACUUCAUAGCCCACACCUGCAGCCAGAUGCUGCUCACUGAUAUGUGGAUGGGCUGUCUGAGGUUUGGAAAGAGCCCCAGCCUAAAGGUGAUUCUGGGCAUAGUUUUCCCUCCUUCCAUCCUAUUUUUGGAUUUCCGUAUUGGUGAGGAUGCAACAUACCACACCUCAGGGGACCAUGAGGAAGGGAAGGACAAGGACGAUGACAACAAGUCCAGCAAGGAUGGCAAUGUUGAUGUGGUGUCCAGAAAAGGCGAUGAAGAAGAAGGCAAUAAGAAACAGCGAAGAAUUCCAAUCGGGAACAAGAUCUAUGAGUUUUACAAUGCCCCUUUCACCAAGUUCUGGUUCAACACUCUAUCCUACCUUGUGUACCUGAUGCUGUACAAUUACAUCAUCCUGGUCAAGAUGGAACGCUGGCCCUCUCUCCAGGAGUGGAUUGUCAUAGCUUACAUCAUCACCCUGGGACUGGAGAAAGUCCGACAGAUCCUGAUGUCGGAGCCCGGGAAGCUGAAGCAGAAGAUAAACGUGUGGCUGGAGGAGUACUGGAACAUCACGGAUCUGGUGGCCAUCUCCACGUUCCUGCUGGGCCUUCUGCUGCGGCUGCAGAAUGAGCCCUACAUGGGCUACGGCCGCGUCAUCUACUGCGUGGACAUCAUCUUCUGGUACAUCCGAGUGCUCGACAUCUUCGGGGUCAACAAGUACCUGGGCCCCUAUGUCAUGAUGAUUGGAAAAAUGAUGAUCGACAUGCUGUACUUUGUGGUGAUCAUGCUGGUGGUCCUGAUGAGCUUUGGCGUGGCCCGGCAGGCCAUCCUGCACCCGGAUGAGGAGCCAACAUGGCGCCUGGCCCGGAACAUCUUCUACAUGCCCUACUGGAUGAUCUAUGGAGAGGUGUUUGCGGAUUCCAUAGACCGUAAGACUAGAAUUCAUAUCUACGCAAUGGAAAUAAACCCUCCUUGUGGUGACAACAUGUAUGAUGAGGAUGGAAAAAAGUUGCCCCCCUGCAUUCCUGGGGCAUGGCUCACCCCUGCCAUCAUGGCUUGCUACCUGCUUGUUGCCAACAUCCUACUUGUCAACUUGCUCAUCGCUGUCUUCAACAACACAUUCUUUGAGGUGAAGUCCAUCUCCAAUCAGGUGUGGAAGUUUCAGCGGUACCAACUGAUCAUGACCUUCCAUGAUCGUCCAGUCCUCCCACCCCCGCUGAUCAUCUUUAGUCACAUCUACAUUGUCCUCAAGCGCAUCUGCUGCCGUUGUCGGAGGCAACAGGAGGGUGACUUGGAUGAUCGUGACCGCGGCCUCAACCUGGUUCUGAAUGCUGAAGAGCUGAAGAAUCUACACGAGUUUGAGGAGCAGUGUGUGGAGGAGUACUUCCGGGAGAAAGAGGAUGAGGAGCAGUCUUCAAAUAAUGAGCGCAUUAGAGUCACAUCCGAAAGGGUAGAGAACAUGUCCAUGAGGCUGGAGGAGGUGAAUGAGAGGGAGCACACCAUGAAGGCAUCCCUGCAGACAGUGGACCUGCGCCUAGCCCAGCUAGAAGAGUUCUUGGGACGCAUGAUGAAUGCACUGGAGAAGCUGGCGGGGGUGGACACCACUGAACUGUGCAGGACGCGCUCCGGAGCCUCCAUGACGGCCGACCCCUCCUCCCUGCUACGGCACGGCAGUGUGAACAGCGCCGAUGGCUACAGCCUCUACCGCUACCACCUGGACCAGGAAGACGCCGGGCCUCAGCCUACUGAGGACAGGGAUGGUGAGGAGAGGAGGGCCCAUCCAAGGGUAGAGCGGCAGGGAAGCCUCCGCCAGGCCUCCACAGCCGCCACUCCGGCUGCCGGAGCCAAGGAGUACGGGCAGACCCUGGAGGUGGUGGCCCCGAUGGACCGGACGUGGCCCAGCUCCUGCGUGGACAUCACAAUCUCUCCUUGCGACCAGAAAGGGGACCGUACGGGUGACUGGGUAUCAGCAUCCACAGGGUCCAUCAUAGGUGGCCAGAACCAGUCUCCACUCGUAAAAGUAGGUCUGAAGACGGAAAAGGCAAAGUUGGAGGCUGCGGUCUCCUACCCCCUGGAGAGAUCCCAGUCCCUGCGAUAUUACUCUCCCGAGGCCCUCAGCACCUCCCCCUCCAUAGCCUCGGGCAGCAAGGCUGUGAGCAGCAUCGUCUUUUCACCCGCCGAUGGGGAGGAAGCCAACUGGGCCACGGAUUACAGCACCUUCAUGGAGCAGGUGACCAGGUCCCCGACUGUCACUGGGCGGUGGACAGCAUGCUUUGAGUACAAGGUGCACCCUAGCCUCUGUGGCCACGCCCCUAAAGUGUCAAUUGUGAGGCCGCCAGAAGGAUCACCCCCUUCAGCUGAACCCGAGGAGCCUGCCAAGCCAAAAGCCCUGAUCGCGAAACCAGAGACACCUUCAAGGGCGACCAAGAGAGAAAAGGAGAAUGAAAGAGAUACGGGAGAACAGACAAUGGACACAGACCACCUGUUGGAUGAGGACAGGAUUUACCCAUCUCUCAGGUCAAAGAGCCUGAACACCAACCCCAGAAAGAUGAAAGCUACACAGGAUAGCUUUGAGAAGCCCCGGGCGGCCAAAAGCGUCAAGGACAUCGCGGGGGCAUUCGGGGGCUCAAUCCACCAAUCAGAGGCCAAGAAAAAAAGAGACCCCAAUCAAAGAAUGCCAGAUGAAACAGAUUGCUAAUAAGGAACACGCUUUAUAAAUAAGUCAUACUAUUGUAUAUAAUGACAUGAUAUACUCAUAUAUACUGUAUAUACUGGCUCAAAUUAUGGAAACAUUGGAUUUAUAAACGAUUUUGUCAAAUUUUGUGAAGUUUUGAUAAAUGCAAUAUUUGGUAACAAUUUAUCUUUUUGCAAUUAACCAUUUUUUUGUUUUUUGUUUUUUGUUUUUACUCGCAAGUGAGUUUUGCAGACAGACAAAAUAAUGUAAAUCCCCCCUGUUGAGAAACCUGUCCCCCUGAUCGAUUCUAGCCAUAGACAAUUCUAAUGGGAUAACAUCUAGAAAUUUCUGCAUCCACUGGUGCCAAGACAACUCAUGAGAAAGAAGCCGUCAUUGGACCAAAAUUUUAUUUUCUGUAUUGAAACCACUUUUAAAAAAUUCUUCUUUGUGACCUUGAAAGUUGAAUCGUUGAGUCAUCAUUAAUAAGAAGUAAGUGCAGUUCCACUGGUAAAUCAAACUCAAUAAUCUUUGACAGAAAUACUGGUGACAUGGUUCAAGAACAAGUACUUCAGAACAUGACCAGAAGGUUUGUAUAUAAGUGCCCUGGGUGCCAUGGGAACAGAAUAGGCAGUAUGGGUCUGGGGAAAGACCCAAUUUAUAUGGGUCUUUCCCCAAGUCAAAUACGUGCAGUCACACAUUUUAUUGUCAAUUAAGUGUUGGUCAGAGUUUUUUUUAGAAGCAGAGAAAACAUUGUUCCAAACCACUAACCUAAGAAAUUUCCCUAUUAACCCUUUUGAGGUUCAACAAUUUCUCAAUAAAUGUAAGAUGUCAUAAAUGUAUUUCCAACAUUUUAAAAAAUGAGGAAACAAUUAGCAUUUGUGUUAAACAAGUAAUAGUCAUUACACCUUCCUAUAUGUAUUAGUUUAUACCAACAUAAUUGAGCGGUCAAAUGUUUCUUACUGUUGGAAAUAUCAUAAUAAUCUUGAACAUGUAUUUCUUUGUUUAGGAUUUUUUGACAUAAAAUGAUAAUAUUCAUGUGAAAAAAGUUUUUUUUUUUUUUUUUAAGCUUGUAAGCUUAAUGUACUAUUUCUGUUGGUCACAUAAUGCCAAUAACACUUGUGGUAAUUGUGUAUGUUUUUUAAAGACAAAAAUGGCCCCAAGAAAUAACAGAAAAAAAGGGCUCAGAUAAAAGUAUUGAGUACUCAACUUCUUUAAGCACAGUGUAUCCAUAAUUUCUGCCAGUACUAUAUAUUUAGUUAUCAAAUGCUUUCUCACAGUGUCAAUAGGCCACAUUAAUAUUGUUCAGUCAAUACACAACAUUCGUAUCAAAAGUGAUUUGUCUCUUUAUAUAUAUAUAUUUUUUUUUUUACAAAACUGGGAUUACUUCAUACCGUACCAGGUGAUCUGUCCCUGGGAUAUGAACAUGGAACAAAUGAAAAGGGAACAUGCACAGUGCUAUCUGUCAGGUUUUUGGUGGCGCCUUACUUUUCAGCACCUGCUUCUGACAGAAGCAUGAUGGGAGCCACACAGAAUCAAACGCCAAGGUGAACAGUACGCUAUUACACUGAGAUACCCGCUUUUAUGCUUAAUUCUCACAACCAAAUAGGAUUAAUCACAAUGGAAAAAUAUCCUCACAGCAUUUCGUUGAGAUCCUUCUGCCAGUCUGUGAUCAUCAGACUAGCAAAACGGUGCUGGUUUUUCCUAUUAUAUAACCCUGGAUUGACAGGAAUUAGCACAAUCCAAUACACACACUAUCGUUUAUCAAGCUAUUGAUGGCCAAAGAGCUGUUAAGUACUGUGAAUUACAAUGCCAUGAAAAAGUAUUUGCCCCAUCCCGAUUUCCUCUAGUGCUGCUUAUUUGCCUUAUCUGUAGACAAAAUGUAAUAUUAAACAAAGGGAAACUGAGUAAACACAAAACAUUCUUUAAAUUACCAUUUCAUUUAUUUACUGAAAAAAAGUUAUCAAACACCGAUAUCAGCCUCAUGAAGGGGGGAAAUGCUUUUUCACGGCUCUGUAACUUCAACAAACAUGUCUAUAUGUCUGUUUGACAUAUAUGUAUGCCUAAAUGUCAGACAAAGUUUCUUUACACUGGUGACAAACCCAAAUGCAGGUGCUUUUCAAGUGAGGCUAGAUAUGUAGUGGAGUAGAAGGGGAAAAGGAUAUCUACCUCUCUGUGAGAAAAUUUAAAUAUAGACACAGCUAAUCAUUUUCUUUGUUAAAUCUUACUUUAUGCUUAUGUAUUAACCAUGUACCAAUCAGAUAUACAACAUGCAUGUUAUUGUUAAAACACUUUUUGCUUAUAAAAACAGGGACCACCCAUGCUUUCUUCAGUUCAGCCUUAUCCACCUUGUUGUGUGUAGGUACCGGACUCUUUCUGCAGCAAUAAAACCUAUUUCUCGUCGUGCCUGGUUUUUCAAAGUAGUUAAUUUUCUCUGCCCAACAUAACCGUAACAUUUUCAGCUGAAAUCUGGUUGUGAAGGGGGGGGGGAGGGACAAAUAACAAAACUUUUUUUUUUAAUGCAAACUUUACUUCAGUUGCAUAUCAUAGAAAAGAUUCACAAUUGACAAACCAACAGGUCUUUUUUUCUUAAUCUUCACACAAAGCAACCAGAGAUCAGGUUUAUGUAGUGACAGACAUGACAAGCUGUCAGAAUGGUUGGCGCUCAGAGACAGUCUAAAA